AUGUGGCUUCUCAACGCUCCUCCCGCCGUGCUCGGCCUGAUCGCCUUCGCCUACCUGCCCUCGGCUCUCGCAAAGCCCUACCCCGUCCACUUUGACGAGUUCGCCUCGCUGCACAACAGCUCCCAGCUGAUCAAGAAGCAAGACUGCGCCAACCCCUGCGGUUUCGGCGGCUGGUUGUGCUGUCCUUCAGGCGCAAAAUGCUAUACCGACAGUGCCAACCAGGCGCAAUGCGACACCAGCGGCGGUGGUGCCAACACGGAAGCGGCAGGCGGCUACUAUGAAUACUACACGACUACCUACGUCGAGACUGUCGGUCUUCUCACCAAGACCGAGACGCGCAGCACCUACAUACCAGCGACAGCGACAGCCACAUGCAGCGACUCGCAAAACCCCUGCGGCGGAAUCUGCUGCGACUCUGGCAUGUACUGUCUGAAGGCCGGCCAGUGUGCGAUGAUUGCUGGCGGCAGCUCUGGAGGUAUCACACCCGGUGCCCCUCUUCGUCCAACUAGCUCAGGCGUCGUAGUCGUUACCUACACCGGCACCCCGACCGCGACCCAGCCCUUCCAGACACCCAUCCCCACCGGCGCAGCAGGCGGCGGCCUCGUCGCAACUGAAGAGAGCAACGGCGGACUCAGUGGCGGUGCCAUUGCCGGUAUCGUUAUCGGUGUUAUCCUUGGUAUAUUGCUGCUCCUCCUUCUCUGUCUCUUCUGCUGCGCUCGCGCCCUUUUCGACACGCUCCUCGCCAUCUUCGGCUUCGGCAAGAAGCGCAAGCACACUCACGAGGAGACCUACAUCGAAGAGCACCACCACAGCGGCGGCGCUGCUGGCGGACGCACCUGGUACGGAGGUGGCCGCCCUGCUCGUCCUUCGCGCGCCGGCUCUGAGAAGCACAGCACCGGCAAGAAGGGUCUGGGUCUCGCUGCUGGACUAGGUGGUCUCGCGCUUGCGUUGGGUCUCAAGAGGAGACACGACAACAAGGUCGACGAUAAGAGCACCACUGUCAGUGGAACAUCAUACAUGUACAGCGACUACACAAGUUCGAGCAGCGCAAGUUCAUCAGAUCGCCAUACACGCCGAACACGCCACUCAUCGAGACGAUAG